AUGGUAGAGAACGCCGAGGUGACCCAGACACCCUCCCCGUCAAACGAACCGUCGACUUCUGCGAAUCACCCUCUUCCUUCCACUGCGCACGCAGCCCAUCCCCAGGGUCACGAGAGCAUCUUUGUCCGACCGUCAGAUUUGCUCCGCCCCAAAGCUGCAUCUCGAACAACCGUCCCUACUACGCCGCCGGAUCGGCCGAUAGACCGUGAUCAAAGAGCUGGCUUGAAGGCGAUCCGAGACUUUCUGCGAAUUCGGAACUGCUACGAUGUAUUACCUUUGAGCUUCAGGCUCAUCGAGCUUGAUGUCGGGCUCACUGUCAAAGAGAGCUUGAACAUUUUGGUUCAAUGUGGCAUCGUCUCUGCCCCAUUGUGGGAUUCCUCCACCUCCACCUACGCCGGUCUGCUCACAGUCAACGACUACCUGAAUGUUGUUCGAUAUUAUAAUCUCCAUGCCGACAAGUUGAAAGAUGUGGAUAAGCUCUUACUGAGCGACUUGAAAGAUGUCGAGAAAGUCCUAGAUGUCAAGCCUCCUGAGACCGUGUCAGCCUCGCCCGAAGCAAUCCUUUAUGAUGCUUUGCGACAACAACUCGUCUCUCGUGCCCGUCGAAUACCCUUAGUAUCGUAUGACAGCGAUACCCAGAGGACAAUGGUCACCAGUGUCAUUACUCAGUACAGAAUUCUCAAGUUCAUUGCCAUGAACGUGAAAGAGACCGAAGUGCUGAGGAAACCUCUUGCGAUGAUUAAACUCGGAACUUACGGGAAUAUUGUUCGUUGCACCAUGGACACGACUGUCUUGGAUGUUGUAGACGAAAUGGUUUUGAAGAACAUAUCGAGUGUCCCUGUUGUUACCACCGAGGGCAUUCUCCUGAAUGUUUUCGAAGCCGUCGACGUUAUCGGGAUUCUCAAGACUGGAGACUACGGUAACCUCACAUGGACCGUCGGCAAAGUGCUCUCAGCGCGAUCACCGAAUCAUCCAGGGAUAUAUUGCUGCUCAUUGGAGGAUGGUCUGGACACGAUCUUCGAGACGAUCAAGAGGUCCCGAGUUCAUCGGUUGAUGAUAGUAGAUGACAACAAUUACCUCAAGGGUAUUUUGUCGCUCAGUGAUAUCCUACAUUAUCUGCUGGUGGAAGGACAAGAGGAAACGAAUCCGACCUGA